AUGCAGCGUGCCCGGACUCAAUGUGCGAGAUAUACAUAUACAUACAUACAUGCAUAUAUAUCUAUCUAUCUAUCUAUCUAUCUAUCUAUCAUCCAUCCAUCUAUCUAUCUAUUUCAGGCAUCUAUCCAUCCAUCUAUCCAUCCAUCUAUCUAUCUAUCUAUCCAUCUAUCUUUCAGGCAUCUAUCUAUCUAUCUAUCUAUCUAUCAUUCAUCUAUUUCAGGCAUCUAUCUAUCCAUCUUUCUAUCCAUCCAUCUAUUUCAGGCAUCUAUCUAUCUAUCUAUCUAUCCAUCUAUUUCAGGCAUCCAUCUAUCUAUCUAUCCUAUCUAUCUAUUUCAGGCAUCUAUCUAUCUAUCUAUAUCCAUCCAUUCAUCUAUCCAUCUAGGCAUCUAUCUAUCUAUCUAUCUAUCUAUCUAUCUAUCAUCCAUCUAUAUCUAUCUAUUUAGGCAUCUAUCUAUCUAUUCAUCUAUCUAUCUAUUCUAUCUAUCUAUCUAUCUAUUUCAGGCAUCUAUCUAUCUAUCUUGUCUGUUCUUUAUCUAUGUAUCUAUCUAUCUAAUUCUGUUAAUUAUCUAUCUAUCUAUCUAUCUCAGUCUGUUCAUUAUCUAUCCAUAUAUAUAUAUGAGUCUAUUGUUUAUCUAUGUAUCUAUCUAUAUGAGUCUGUUUAUCUAUCAACCUAUCUAG